AUGGAAGACACACCGGCCGCAAAUCUACGUCGUAUGCUUUUAGGAGAAAGUAUAAUCGUUGUCCCAGGAAUAUAUGAUGGUUAUACGGCUCGUCUCGCACUGGCGGCAGGUUUCGACGUGUUGUACAUGACUGGAGCUGGCACAUCCAUGUCUCGACUAGGAAUGGCAGAUUUGGGAAUGGCAACGAUGAACGAGAUGGCAGACAAUGCGAGCAUGAUAGCGGGUAUCAAUCGAUCGAUUCCACUCAUCGCGGACGCUGAUACUGGAUACGGCGGUCCGUUGAUGGUGAGACGGACAGUACAGGAGUAUAUCAAGGGAGGGGUGGCAUCCUUGCACCUUGAAGACCAAGUCCAAACCAAGCGCUGUGGACAUCUUGCGAAUAAGGAGCUUGUGGAUGAGGAUGUGUUUAUCUCAAGAAUCAGAGCAGCCUCGCUCGCCCGAGAUCAGAUGCCACAUGGCGAUAUUGUCCUCAUUGCGCGGACAGAUGCAUUGGAAAGUCUGGGCUAUGAUGCUGCUGUCGGUCGUUUAAAGAAAGCCAUUGCCGCUGGGGCAGACGUCGCUCUUAUGGAGGCUUUGACGUCAAUUGAGCAGAUGAAAGCCAUAUGUCAUGACUUGGCGCCAACUCCGGUGAUAUUGAACGCGGUGCCAGGGGGAAAGACACCCGAUCUGACCGCCAAGGAAGCAGAGCAGAUGGGUUUCAAGAUGAUCGUGUUCCCAACUCUCGCUUUGGCUCCAGUUCAUGAAGCGGUGUUAGGCGCGGCCAAAUACCUCAAGGACAACGGAAAGGUUCGGGCGACAGAUAUCCUGGCCAAGGGUCCCAGAGCACUCUUCGAGGUUUGCGGUCUCUCUGAGCUCAUAGCAUUUGAUAUUUCCGCCGGUAGCCAAGCCUUCCAGAGCAACGCAUAG